CGCGCAUGCGCGGUGCGGAGGUUUACUACAGCUGUUGACACGUUCGCGGCAGGAACAUGGCAGCGUACAGAGCUCCUCCCUUUUCGUGUUGAGAUCUCCGGGCUGAUACACACUUGGAAACUCCAAGAUUUACUAUGAAAAAGAUGGACUUUAUUAUAGUGGAGAUUGAUGAUCUGAGUGAUCCAGAACCGUCCAGAAUUAAUCAUGAAGCUAAUAAGGAACAAACAGACUGGAUGAAGUUGAAUGAGCAAAGACAAGACCUGAAUGAAGAGGAUGAGAAAUGUGACUCCAACCCUGAAGGAAUAAAAGCAGAACAUCUGCACGGCUGUCCUCAGUGUGAAAGGAGUUUCACGAGCAAAGAAAACCUGAACAUGCACAUGAACGUUCACAGUGGAGAGAAUCUGUACAUCUGCACUGAAUGUGGAAAGAGUUUCUCACAGCUGGACGGUUAUAAUCUGCACCAGAACACACACAAUGAAGCGAGAGAUCAUGCGUGUUUGGAGUGUGGGAAGAGCUUUUCUACAGCCGACAAUCUGAAACGGCACAAAAUCAUCCAUGCAGGAGAAAAACCUCACAAGUGCUCAUACUGUGAGAAGAGUUUCAACCAAUCGGUACAUUUGAGAAGACACGAGCGAAUUCACACUGGGGAAAAGCCGUAUCACUGCACUCACUGUGGAGAGAGUUUCAGAUAUAGGACCGAUCUCAAUAAUCAUCUGCGCGUUCACACUGGAGAAAAGCCGUUCACCUGUGAGCAGUGUGGUAAUAGUUUUAGAUCAUCUGCAAAUCUAAAGCUACACAUGACGAUUCACACAAAUGAGAAGCCUUAUGCAUGUCCGUUGUGCGAAAGGAGAUUUUCGCGCUUGAACGCUUGUCAACGGCACCAGAAAAUACAUGUUGAGGAGAAAAAUCAGGUGUGUUUGGAGUGUGGGAAGAGCUUUAUUAGAGCCGAACAACUGAAAAACCACCAAAGGAUACACACUGGAGAAAAACCCUACAAGUGCUCCUACUGUGAGAAGAGUUUUAGUUGGUCUUCAAAUCUGAAAUCGCAUGAGCGAGUUCACACUGGAGAGAAGCCGUAUUACUGUCCUGCAUGUCAGAAGAGUUUUAGAUCAUCACAGAAUCUUCUCAAUCACACCAGGAAAUGUCACACCCUCACAGUGAGCAUUGUUUAGUUUUAAUAUUGAAGUACGUUGCUUGAGACGAGCUUAAGUUGGUCUCAAUUAGCUGAAAUGCUCUGAGAACUAGAUAUACUUGUUCCUGAUAAGUUUUUCCAGGGCAUGGUGGCUCAGUGGUUAGCACUGUGGCCUCACAGCAAGAAGGUUGCUGGUUCGAGUGCCCGCUGAGUCAGUUGGCAUUUCUGUGUGGAGUUUGCAUGUUCUCCCCGUGUUGGCGUGGGCUUCCUCCUGGUGCUCCGGUUUCCCACACAGUCCAAACACAUGCGCUAUAGGUGAAUUGGGUGAAGCCAAAUUGGCCAUAGUGUAUGAAUGUGUGUAAAUGUGAGCGUGUAUGGGUGUUUCCCAGUACAGGGUUGCAGUUGGAAAGGCAUCCGCUGUGUAAAACAUACGCCGGAAUAGUUGGUGGUUCAUUCCGCUGUGGCGACCCCUGAGAAAUAAGGGACUAAACUAAAGGAAAAUGAAUGAAUUGUUUUUCAAGAAAAUAAUGAUUGCAGUCUGAUUACCUUAAAUCUUUCCUUGCCUUUGUAUUUAUUUAUUGCUUGAAUAUUGAUAAUUGGUGCCAUUUAUUAUUACUUGCGUACACUUUGUGUUCUUAUUUUACACUUGUUUGUGUAGUUAAACAAUAAGUAGCUGUAAAAUAUUAAUCAAUAACUGUAAGCACUAUUAAGUUUUCACAUGAGUUUAUUGUCGGGAAUGUUGUAAUGUUGGAUUCUGGUCGAAUGUAUAGACUUUUUUCUUGGCUGCUGCAUGGAGGGCGCCAUAGCGGCCAGCGUCUUCUGGUAGAAUGUUUAGAACUUCUGUUUACAGCGUUUACAACCGGUAAUUUGCACUCUGAAAAUGGGUUUCAAUAGCGUGUUGAGUGGAUUACGGAGUGUUUUUGUGAUACACAACUUUGAAAGGCAUGUGUUAAAGCCGUUAUAAUCUGUCAGAUGUGGCUCAAGCGCGCGAAAAACGUUCUCCUAGUUCACGUGUCUGCCGUCAGAAAUACAGAGUGUGUGUGUUUCCCCGGCCUGUCAGCUGUUAGCUCAGCGGCUCCUUAAUACACACACACACACACACAUGCCACACGCAAUACUUCAUUGCAUUAUAGAGCAAACCAGAUUGCUAUCAUGAAACUUAACAGGUAUGUAAGUCAUGCAAUUUACAAAAAUGACCAAUAAAAGUGUGUGACUGAUACUCUGCUGGCUGAUUUGCAUGUUCAUUCUAAUCGCGAGCUGUUUAUCUUUCAGUGUGUUGUAUUCACCACAACAAGUGUGUUUGUGUUUUUCUGUCAUUUCAAAAUGUCAAUUUAUUUUCACUUUGUCACAGUUAGCAAUAAAACUUGGCAAUGCACACUUGGCAAUAAAACUGA